AUGAAGCUGCGGAUCCGCUCAUCGGAGACGAAGGAGACGAUCAGAGUCGGCAUCUCGCCCUCCAUGACCCUCGGGGACCUCAAGGCUCUGAUCGCCGGCCGCGUGAGCUCGUCCGCUUCCUCUGCGGCUGCUCCGAUCUCCCCGGAUGCCGUCCACCUCUCCCUCAACCGCAGGGACGAGCUCACAGCGACGCUCCCAGAGGAGACCCUCCAGACUCUCGGACUUGCUUCCGGAGAUCUCGUCUUCUACACCAUGGAUGCCUCGGCUUUCUCGCAACCCCCCUCUGCUCCGCCUACCCCAGCGAUGGCCGCUGCGGCUCCACGGGGUGGAGUUGGAUCGCUUCCUGGCUGUGAGUUGGAGGAACAGAUUCCAACCGUAGCUUCGAUCCUUAAUGAAGGAGAAGGAUCGGGUUCGGGAUCGGGAGCUACUCCCCCUCGGGGACCGAUCGACGAAGAGGUAGUGUCCGUCGUCGGACAUGUGCAGGAAGAGAUGACGAUGUCGGGGAGGAUCUUGGAGGAGGAGUCGGCCGUUGUGGCAGACAUGAUGGAAUUGGACAGUAGGAGGUCCUCCACCUGCUCGGUACCGCGGUUCCUGAAGAGGGUUGUGGAAGGGGUGCAGGGGAGCGAGAAGGCGAACGGCGACUUGGAUAUCCUGGUGAUCGCCGUCCACGCCGUUUUCCUGGAGUCUGGUUUCGUCGAGCACGAGUCUCGAGGCGUUAGCAUGACGGAAGGGUGGACCUCGAAGGCUUCCACGGUCUCGAUUUCGUAUACUCUGCCGGAGAUCACAAGCCCUAAUUUCUAUGCGGCUGUGGACAAGGUAGAGCUUAAGAUUCUGCUGGUUGGAAAGUUUGCAGAUGUCUACGGGUGCUUGACUGGAAGCUCCGAUAUAUAUCGCCUCUGCUUGGAUGCGUCAAAAUUUGUUCCCUCUAUUGUUUCAUAUAUGAACUCGAUGUCUGAGGAAGACGAGAAGGUGAUCUUUGAAUUCUGGAGGAGCGUCAAGGACAAGCUUUCCCUGCCUCUCCUGAUGGAUAUGUGCUACAAGAAUAGAUUGCCUCCUCCUCCCUGCUUCAUCUGCCUUCCCGCAGAGCUCAAGAUCCGGAUAUUGGAGCUUGUUCCUGGUGCCGACCUUGCGAGAGCUGCCUGUGUGAACUCUGAACUGAGGUAUCUCUCAUCAAACGAGGACCUGUGGAAGCAGAAGUUCAUGGCGGAAUUCCCCGGCCGCGAAGCGUGUGAUUUGAGAGGCAAUGUCGGAACGCGAUGGAAAUACAGAUUUGCAACUUAUUGGGAAGAUCAAAAGAGAAAUAAGAGGCACAGAGAGGUUUCCAGUAUCUAUCAAUACGCUGUGCCGCCACUGCGACGAAGAGAUCCCGCCCCAUUUUUCAACCCGGUACCCAAUGUUCUUGGUGGGGAUUACGACCGUUUCCCUGCCUUUGGCAGCUUAUACCCUGGCAGGUCACGCCAAGCUCGCUCUCCCAUUCUGCGAGGACAGAGUUUUAUUCCUCACUGCAAUCUUGGUGGAUUCGAUGCAUAA